GUUUUGCCCCUCGUUCUCGAUGUCCGCGUUGAAUACAUUUGAUUUCUUUACGGGGAGCCGCGUUAGUUUAAUAUCCCCGAUAAUCUAAUCUAUUUCGUUUUUUAAUUGGGGACUCCAAUUUGCAUCGCCCCCUGGCUUCCUCCCCCCCACCUCCUUUUUUGCUUUUAGUUUUGGCUUUUUAUUUCGUCCCCAUUUCCGUCGCCCCUUUUGCUCCCUCGCCUCGCUCCCUCGGCUUCGUGCUCCUCGCUUCGCCGUGCUGCGAGUUUGGGAUUUUUCGUCGUCCGCGGAAUUUUGGGAGAAUAUUUGUGGAUUUUUGCGUGUUUUUGGUUUUAUUUUUUGGUGUAAAAAAAAUUGUUUUUUUUGAGGGGGUUCAAGGAGGGAGGAGAGAUGGGGCUGUUUUGUGUGAGCUCCAAUGGCGAGAGCUCGUGGCGGGAACCCUAGGACUUGGGGGAGGUGGACGCGUGUGGAGUGCUGCGUGCAUGGAGGCCAAGUCGGGGGAAGCGAGUGCUGCGCCUGCGCCUAUGGCCGCAGCGGCAGCGGCAGCAGCAGCUACGGCGGCGCCGGAGGCGACGGUAAGCUUCCAGUCGCCUGCGGAGGAGAAGGGUAGCUCGAGCGGUGUGUUCGUGUCGCCGCCUGCGGGGAUGGCGACCUUGGCGGCGGCGGGUGGGGGUGCGGUGGCGCUGGCGCCGGUGGUGAUGAAGGUGGCGAAGAAGAGGGGGAGGCCGAGGAAGUACGGGCCGGACGGGAGCCUGAUCCGGCCUCUGAACGCGACGCCGAUGGCAGUCGCCGUGGCGGCGGGGCAGUACACGCCGGCCGCGGCGGUGGGCGCAGCCAUGAAGCGCGGGAGGGGCCGGCCCCUCGACUUUGCCGCCGCCGCUGCCGCGGGCAAGCAGCAGCAGUUCGGCUUCCACUUCGAUUCACUCGGUGGCAUGGUGUCAUGUUCUGCUGGUGCAAAUUUCACUCCACAUAUAAUUACUGUCGCUCCUGGUGAGGAUGUGACAAUGAAGGUUAUAUCAUUUCUUCAACAAGGACCACGAGCUAUUUGUAUUCUCUCUGCAAAUGGUGUGAUAUCAAACGUUACACUUCGUCAGCCUGAUUCCUCUGGUGGCACAUUGACUUAUGAGGGACGCUUUGAGUUGCUGUCCUUGUCUGGAUCCUUCAUGCCAACUGAAAAUAGUGGAACACGAAGUCGAUCAGGUGGGAUGAGUGUGUCUCUUGCCAGCCCUGAUGGCCGUGUUGUGGGUGGUGGAGUUGCAGGACUUCUGGUGGCAGCAAGUCCUGUUCAGAUUGUUGUCGGAAGCUUCCUGCCAAGCUAUCAACUGGAGCAGAAGAACAAGAAGCCGAGGGUAGACACAGCACCCACCCUUGCCCAGACACCUCCGGCCGUUCCGAUCUCAAGCGCUGAGACCCACAGCAGCGAACAAGGGCAGCACAGCUCAGCGGCCCAGAGGUCAACGGACAUCUUAACCUCAGCGUACAGAGCAGACCAGAGCUGGGCAUCUCCUGCUCAACCGAUACCUGAGGCGUCUAGGACGCCUUCAGGUGAUCUGAAGGUGACUGCCUCCGGAUCCUGAACCUGAAACCAAGCCAGAGUUACACUGACCAGGAGUGGAGUCCUCCAUCUGCCGCUACUGCUACCGUUGCUGUGGUGAAAGAUCGAUGGAUCGGUUCGUUUCUUCCUGACUUGAAAAAGAUGUGUCUGCAAGCCAAUUCCACUAGGUUUAAUUCUGUUCAGGCAGGAGAGUCUAACUGCAUUUGCUGUAGCUAUGCGAUCUUAGUUACACCUGUAUUACCUACGUUUUGUAACCCAUUGCCUGAGUGUGUAGUUACAAUUGUGUGCUAGUGUCUUAGGCGUCUUUCUUAUCUUGGAUUACCUGUAUUAAUUCGCACCGUGUAUCUCUAUUGAAUCCCUUAAAUUAGCAUUUGGUCACUGCAUAA